AUGCACGCGUAUUUCCGCGAAACGGACGACUCAACGACCGUCAAUUUCAGCGCGUAUGGAAAGUUUCUACCCGGCGAAAACACAGGCCGCCAACUUUUGACGAUUGGCGCAAAAUAUUUGCGAGUUUUUCGGACGAAUCCAUAUCUGUUAGUGGAACCGGAGCCGGGAGGUGAUGAAUGGAAACAGAAGACCAAGCUAGAAUGCAUGUUUUCGUGCCGACUUUUGAAUAAAUGCACAUCGGUUGCGGUUGCCAGAAUUCCUCGUGAGUUUUUUUUCCAUUCAUUUCAGAAAUCAUAAUUUUACUUGUAGAAUUACCUGACCAAGAUUCAAUUCUUAUGGCAUUCGACCAUGCAAAACUAUCAAUCAUCGCAAUUAAAGAAAAAGAGCGAGUUAUGCAAACUAUGUCACUUCACGCAUUUGAAAGCGAGUAUUUGAGGGAUGGUUUCAACAGAUAUUUUCCAGAUCCAAUAGUUCGAGUAAGAACUUUUUUAAACAAGGGAACUUUUUCAGCGGUUUCUGAAAAUCUCAAAUGAUAAAGUUCGAAUGUAAAGAUUUUUUCGAAAAAAAAUGUUGUUUUCAGUCCGACCCGCUUAAUCGAUGUGCUGCAAUGCUGGUCUAUGGUAAACAUAUCGCAAUUCUCCCAUUUUUCGAAAACUCGAAGCGAAUCACAAGUUACAUUAUCCCCCUCAAACAAAUCGAUAAAAGACUGGAUAAUGUUGUCGAUAUGAUUUUCCUGGAUGGAUAUUAUUCACCAACAAUUCUAUUUCUCUACGAACCAUUGCAAACAACACCAGGAAGAGCUUGUGUUAGAUAUGAUACAAUGUGUAUAAUGGGUGUUUCUGUGAAUAUAGUUGAUCGACAAUUCGCAGUAGUUUGGCAAACUUCAAAUCUUCCAAUGGAUUGUAACACUCUCCUAGCUGUUCCAAAACCAUUAGGAGGUGCUAUGGUUUUUGGAAUGAAUACGAUGGUUUAUUUGAAUCAAGCAGUUCCUCCUUGCGGAAUGAUGUUGAAUAGUUGCUAUGAAACUUAUACCAAGUUCCCGUUGAAAGAUAUGCAACACUUGAAAAUCACUCUAGAUUGCUCAGCUCAAGCUUACAUGGAAGAUGGAAGAAUUGUUAUUGGCACAAAAGAAGGUGAAUUAUGGUUGCUGAAAUUGGUCACCGCUGCAGGAGGAACUACUGUCAAAGCGCUGGAAUUCAAUAAAAUUUUUGAAACGUCUAUCGCUUAUACGCUCACAUUGUGUGCCCCAGGACACUUGUUCCUUGGUUCAAGAUUAGGAGAUUCCCAACUUUUGGAAUAUAGUGUGAAGCGAAUUGAAAAUGGUGUAAAACGACAGAAAAUGACAAACAAAACAGUUGCUGAAGUAGAUGAAGAUGAUUUGGAAUUAUAUGGUGAUGGAUUAACAGAAGAAGUUGAGGAAGAAAUCAGUGAUGAAGUGGAAGAAUCGCUACAAUUCAAAGAGCUCGAUAGACUUCUCAAUGUCGGACCCGUCAAAACAAUGUGCUAUGGUGCCCCCUACGAAUUAAGUCAAGAAUUGAAAAACAAAAAUCAUAAAGAUCCAAUAGUUGAUAUUGUUGCUGGAACAGGACACGCAAAAAAUGGUGGACUUUGUGUUUUUCAACGAUCUGUUCGCCCAAAUAUCAUUACAAGUAGUGUUCUUACCGGUGCUGAACAAAUGUGGGCAAUCGGAAGAAAAGAAGAUGAAUCACAUCGAUAUUUGCUAGUCACCAGACUUCGUUCUACUCUUGUUCUUGAACUUGGUGAAGAAAUGAUUGAACUUGAAGAACAGUUAUUUGUUUCAAGCGAACCUACAGUAGCCGCCGGCGAAUUGUUGCAAGGCGGUCUUGCUGUUCAAGUUACCUCAACUUGUAUUGCUUUGGUUGCCGAUGGACAACAAUUGCAGGAAUUGCAUAUUAAUUCGAAUUUUCCGGUUGUUAUGGCUUCGAUUGUUGAUCCGUAUGUUGCGCUUUUGACACAGAAUGGAAGAUUGCUACUUUAUCAAUUAGCUACAAGUCCUUAUGUUCAAUUAACGGUAAGCUUUUGAAUUUUUUAGGAGUUAGGUGAAAAAAUUCAUGUUUCCAAUUAUGGUUACGGGAACCUAAAAUUAAAUUAACAAAAACAAGCUUAAAAAAAUUCUCCAAAUUUUUCAGGAAGUCAAUCUUUCCUCAACCCCAUUUGCCAACACACUUACUACAACUCUUACAUCAAUCUCAAUCUACAGUGACACUUCUGGAAUGAUGAAAGUUAGUAGUGGUGGAGAAAAUAAUGAAAAUGAUUUGAAAAAAGAUGGAAAUAAUUUGGACGAAGAUUUAUAUGGGGAUGAUGAUGAUUUUUUGCUUUAUGGUGAAUCAACAUCAAAGACAAAUGUGAAUAUCGAAAAUGAGGGAAGCAAGAAUUCGGAAAGUUCGAAAAGAAAAAGGAAAAGAUUGGGAUUUGAUGCGAUUCAGUCAAAUAAAGGAGGCGAACAAUCUGAUGCAAUUGAUCCAACUGGACCCAUGGCAAAUGUCACUUUUUGGUUGAUUUUGGCACAUGAAAAUGGGAGACUUGUGAUUCAUUCAUUGCCCGAUUUGAAAAUCGCGUUUCAAAUUGGAAAAUUUGGAACAGUUCCUGAGAUUUUAUUGGAUAUUUCUCAAGAAGAAGAGGAAAAAGAAAGGAAGGCAAAAGCACAACUUGCAGCAAGUACGCAAGAACAAACUACCACAGAUAUCUUGAAACCGGAGGAACGAGUCUAUGAGGCUCAAAUUGUUGGAAUGGGAAUCAAUCAAUCGCAUCCGAUUCUGAUGGCAAUUAUUGAUGAGCAAAUUGUGAUGUAUGAAAUGUUUUCGGCGGAAAAUUCGAUUGCUGAACAUUUGUGUGUGGCCUUCAGAAAAUUGCCACAUAAUGUGUUUUUGCGGAUUUCUCCGUAUUUGGGAAGCGAUGGACAACGACAGCCAUUCGAGAUUGGAACCGAGAGCAAUAAAUUCAAAUUGAUUCAUCAAUUUGAAAAGAUUUCAGGAGUGGUGAGUAUUUUUUGGGGAAAAACUGGAACAUUAGUAGACUAUGCAGAAUAAUUUUUUUCAGACAAAUGGUGUAUUUGUGAUUGGCGCUGCGCCAACCUUGAUUCUUUAUGGGUCUUGGGGCGGAAUUCAAACUCAUCCGAUGGCUAUCGAUGGACAUAUCAAGUGAGUUUUGGGUUGAAUAUUAUUUUCUUCAACAUAGCCUAAAUCAACCCUAUUCCUAAUUUGCAGAGCCUUCACUCCAUUCAAUAAUGAAAAUGUGAAACAUGGUUUCGUUUACCUGACAAAUGAUGAAGAAUCCGAACUUCGAAUCUCAAAACUCGCUUCAGAUUUUGACUACGAAAUGCCAUAUCCGGUGAAAAAAAUCGAAAUUGGAAAAACCAUUCAUUUUGUGAGAUAUUUGAGUAAACCGGAUGUUUAUGCGGUUGUUAGUUCGGUUCCGGUGAAAUCGAAUAAGAUUUGGGUUGUUAUUAAUGAUGAUAAACAAGAGGAGAUUCAUGAGAAGGAUGAGAAUUUUAUGUUGCCCGCAUUGCCAAAAUAUACGUUGAAUGUGAGUUUUCAAGAGGGUUUUUUUGAGGAGAGAGAACAAAAAGACAAAAAACUUUGAAUAUGUCUACAAUUAGUUUAUUUUUCAACAAUCCCAAAUUUCUUCCAGCUUUUCUCGUCCCAAGACUGGAACGCAGUGCCCAACACCGAUCUGAAAUUCGAAGAAAUGGAAGCUGUAACCGCUUGCGAAGAUGUCGCUCUCAAAUCUGAAUCAACAAUGUCUGGACUCGAAACAUAUCUUGCAAUUGCAACAGUAAAUAAUUAUGGAGAAGAAGUAUCAGUUCGUGGAAGAAUUAUUUUGUGUGAAGUUAUUGAAGUUGUUCCCGAACCAGGACAACCGACUUCAAAUCGAAAAUUGAAGGUAUUAUAUGAUACGGAGCAAAAAGGACCGGUGACUGGAUUGUGUGCGAUGAAUGGAUUGUUGGUGACUGGAAUGGGACAGAAGGUGAGAGUUUUCAAAUUGUGCCACGUCAUAGCUCGGGUUUUUCCAGAUUUUCAUGUGGCAAUACAAAGAUGGUGAUUUGAUGGGUCUUUCCUUCCUUGACAUGCAUUUUUAUAUCAAUCAAAUUUUCUCGAUUCAUAAUAUUGCAUUGGCUUGUGAUAUUGAAGAAAGUGUUUCGCUUAUUCGAUUUCAGGUAAGGUUUUUUGGUACACUUUGAGGAAAAUCCGAGAGAAUGGAGUUUUUGAUCGCCAGAAAUUUGACAUUGUGAUUCACAGGGGUGCGAACGCGACAUGCGCCAGCAAAAUGCGCGAGGUGUGUGGUGUGGUGUGUGUUUGUCUGCGUCUCUUCAUACAAACACACUCUCUCGCCACCGAAAUUUUUUUUGUUUUUUUUUCUAGAAGCCGGUUCAAAACCGACUUUUUCGGAGUAGUUCUACAUGUGAGGAGAUAGACAAACAAAAUUAUAUAUUUUUAGUUUGAUUUUAAAAAUUACUGAAGCAGGAAAUUGAUGUUUUUGAACCAUGCCCUCGAAAUCAUAGUUUCGGGUCUUUCAAACUGUGAAUACUGAAAUUUUUCGACAGUUUUGUAUGUAUUCUUCGAUUGUCGAUCGAUAUUAUACAAAAUAUUAUUAAAAUAUUCUUACAUUUAUCUAGUAAAAGAAGGUAACCAUCUUUUAUGAGGGUUUUCUCUGACAAUAGCUUAUUAGUAGCCUACUAUUUUUACUCAAAAUCGUUCAGAACAAAGUUAAAUAUCAAAAAAUAUGACACUUUUCAAAAUUCUAGAUCGAGAAGUCCAACUUUUCAACGUUUUUUCUGAGUGAUUUUUUUCUGUUCUAGCGCUGGUACCUUACUUUUAAAAAUCAAGAAACCUAUCGAAAAUAUCAUCAAAUUCAUUGUUAUUACAUCCCACUCUAAGCCUGACAUGUAAAAAUUGAAAUAAAACCAAAAUUAAGAAAAAACAGAUUUUGAAAUGAAAAAAUGGUCUGUCUUCAAAUGGCAUCAGCACCUUUCAUUCUGCACCGAUCUUCAUCGUUGAGGUCUCAAAAAAAUUCUAAUGUGAUUUUCUAUCUCGGAUACUCCUCAAGAACAUGUGAAAAACACCCAUCAACUCGUAAAUCUCUUCGAAACUUGAAAAAACGUUUUUUUGCAACAGAAAAAAAAGUCGAUGUUGAAUGUGCGCUCUAUUGAUAAAAAUUGAAAUGCGCCAGCGCCCGCGCGAUUCAAAUUUAUGUAGUGUUCGCACCCCUGUGUGAUUUUUAAAAUUUAAAAUCUUUAAAUAUAAAAUUAUCAAUCUUUCAAAAAGUUUUCAACCUUCUUCCCAAAAUUCUCAAUUUCUCAGGAAGACUACAAAGCAAUGUCAGUAACAUCUCGAGAUGAUCGAAAAUGUGCACAACCACCAAUGGUUGCUCAGUUUAUAGUCGAUGGAAAUAAACUGGGUUUCUUGUUAUCCGAUGAAGCCGGAAAUGUUACACUUUUCAAUUAUUCACCCGAACUGAAAGAAGCAAAUGGUGGAGAAAGAUUGGUUUUAAGAGCCAGUUUGAAUAUUGGAACAAAUAUAAACGCGUUUUUGCGAAUCAAAGGACAUACUUCACUUUUGCCUCAAAAUUUGGAAUCGAUUGAUCAAAAACAGACGACACUAUUUUCUAGUCUAGAUGGUAGUUUUGGAUAUAUUCGAGCGUUGCCGGAGAAAACUUAUCGAAGACUUCAUUUUUUGCAAGCUUUGAUUGGAAGUGUUACACCGCAAAUUGCUGGAUUGCACACAAAAGGAGCACGCUCUGCAAAACCACCGGAGCCGAUAAAAAAUGGAGCGAAUUUGAGAAAUAUGGUUGAUGGUGAUGUUGUUGAGCAGUAUUUGCAUUUAUCGAAUGGUGAUAAACAUGAUUUGGCGAGAAGAUUGGGUGGAAAUCGGUGAGUUAUUUGGAGAGACUAAAAACUAGAUGAGCCUAAGCUUUGGUCUGAAAAUUGAGCUUUUCUGAGACCAAAUAUGUAAGCUUAAAAAAUGCUAGGCCUACAUUUUGAUGCGGACAUUUUUUCUUCGGGUUCAAAAAUUCCGCUGUUUUUUCAGAUUAAUAAAUAAACUUUUUUUUCCACGUGGCCUUAUCAUUUGGAAAAAUUGAAAUUGUAAUCUAAUUUUGAAGAUUAUCUUAAACAAGUUAACUGAUGUUUCCUUUGUAUUUUCAGCCAGUAAUAAAAAAUUUGCCUAAAAUUUUUGAAAAAGGCUAGUGAAGAUUCAGUAAUUUUUGUUGGAAAGUUUUAGUUUUCAGAAAAAUUCUCAACUUUUCCCAAAACUCCAGACAUUUUUUCCUUAUCUUGAUACUUUUGUAGACUAAUUAAUCAAGAUUUUUUUCUUGCAGAUAUCACAUUAUUGACGAUUUGAUGCAACUUCGAAAAAUGUCAUUUUAUUAUUGA